AUGAAUCGUAAACGUGAUGAUUUAGAAUGUAAUGAUCAAGAUGACAAUGGAUUAGGUCCAAUGACUAAAAGGAUCAAAAGUCCAUUGCCACCAGUCAAUCAAUUACAUCUGAACGAUAUAAAUGAUGAAAGUAGAUUAUUGAAGAAUAAACAAGUGACAAAUACGAAAGAUGUUGACACAAUUGAACAAAAUGGUCAUACUAGAUUAACUAUUAUUUCCAAUUUACCACCACAGUCUUCAUCAGAAGUAUGUCACAAUCGAAAACGACGAUCUCGUACUUCACAAGAGUUGUUCAAAAACAAUGCAACAACAGAUUCGUCAGCAUCUUUUGAAACAACUAGUGUAAAUGGUCAAUCGAGAAAAAAAUCUGAUCUUUCUUGUGUCGUUUGUUGUGGUUUGGCACAUGGAUAUAAUUUUGAUGCAAUCUCAUGUGAAUCUUGUAAAGCAUUUUUUCGACGAAAUGCUCUAUUCAAUAUGGAUCGAUUAAAAUGUCGACGUGACGGGUCUUGUGAUAUAACAUUAGAAACACGACGUCGAUGUAAAUCAUGUCGAUUAAAAAAAUGUUUUGCAGUUGGUAUGCGUAAAGAAUGGAUAUUAACUGAAGAAGAAAAAUUAAAUAAAAAACGUCGUAUAGAAGAAAAUAGACGAUUACGCCUGGUCAAUAAUACCGAUGAACCUUUAUCAUCAAAAGAAACACUCAAUUCAACUGGAAAUCUUAAUUUAGAUUUGAAAAGUCUUGUUCUAAAUAAAAAUAAAACUGCAUCAUUAGAUUCAACAUCAUUCAAUCAAAAAAAUGAUACUAUUGUAAAUGUUGUUGAAGCAUUUGAUGCUGGUUUUAAAUUAGAUCCUAUUAGUUAUGGUUGGUCAUAUCCAUUAGCAAAAAAAAUUACCGCUUUAUGUCAGAUACUUAAUACAAAAAAUACAACAGCACUUCGUCUUAUUAGUUUUUACAAAAGAUUACCAGAAUUUGAUGCUCUCAAUGAGAUAGAUAAAGUCAACCUUAUAAAAAAUAAUUUAUCUCAUGUUUUCAUAUUUCAUGGAUCUCUUGGAUAUGAUCCAAUCAAUGACAUUUAUCAUGAAGGAAGUCCUUCACAUGAAAAUCUUCUAUAUGGUGCUGAUAUUCGUGAAGGACAUGGUGAUGAUAUUUACCUGCGUUGUACAUCAAUAAUGCGUUCAUUACAUUCAAUUGUUCAAAUAGAUCAACGAAUCAUACAAUUAGCACUUAUUAUAAUACUUUUUUCAAAAGGUCUUCCCGGUAUAAUAAAUUUCAGUGAACCACUAUUAAAUAAUUCUCAAGAAGUAUUUCAAGCACAAAAUUUUUAUGUUGAACAGUUAUGGUUAUUUAUGGAAAAGUCGUAUGGACCAUCUCGAACUGUUCUUAUAUUUUCGACAUUGAUCAGUAAAUGUUUACUUGUUCAAGAACUUCUUCGUGAUAUUCAAAGAGAUUUACAUGAAAAAGUAGAUCCAAAUCAAGUACCACCUAUUAUACGGACUCUUAUGCAUUUUUCCUAA